AGUUAGUUUAUAAAGAGCGCUCAUGGGUUAAGAACACGUUUUACAUACAUUUUGUUUGGUCUGCAAUAACCAACGACAGCCAACAAACCAACAUAAAUCCGACUUACGGAAACGCCAACAAACCAAAAAACGUCUCAACUAAAAUGUGAACAAGUGAAUUUUCAAUUUUCCAAUCGGUGAAUUUUAUUUUUCAUCACUUGCCAUAACAUUAGAAAUUUGCACCAUUUGCAUUCAUAUUUCUUCGUACUCACCGUUCCUCAAGCAACAACAAAGAAAAAAAAAACAAAAUCAAGUCCAUUUUAUAAAAAAAAGUUCAGACAAGGUCAUAUCAUUUCCGGAUAACUAUUUUCCUUUCAAUUUUCGAAGAAAUCAUUUGGAUUCGUUUUUUUCCUCCAUUUCGGUGACUAAUUUUCAUUGUGAAUGACAUCAUUUAACGUAGACCACAAAGAAAAUUGCGUGAAUGUCGCAUUGGUGUCAAGAUUUUUUAUUUCUAUCAAAUUUGAUGUGAAAAUUUAUUGAAUUUUCCACAAAAUAGUAAUAAUACAUUGGUUUCAACAACGAUAAAAUUGAAAUUAAUAACUUCAUUCUCAAAAAAUCGAUUUCGGAUUGUUGGUAAACUCUGUCGCACUCUGUCACACAAUUUGGACAAUUGAAAGCAUAUUCAACGUGCUGCUGUCCGGUGUGUAUGUGCACAGUAUUGCGUGCAAAACGAUGUUGACAAACGAAAUGAAGGUAUAACAACGACAAGAAAAUUAAAAUAGCGCCAAAACAAAUAAUCACCAAAUUUUUUUUGGAUUCAAUACUCGAUUCGGUAUUUGAAAUUCAACAACAUUGUGUGUCUGUGUGUAUGGCCACAAUUUGUCUACCAAUCGCAAUUUGGCCGGCAAAAAGUGGUGCAGUGUAAUUCAUAUUUAUGAGUACAUUUACAGUUCAGAGCAACAGCGACCGCCUAACUGAACCAAAUCAAAUAAAAUGUAAACCAAAAUGUAAACUGGCUUUUGACUUGAAUUAUACCACAAAUCGAGAAGAUAGAUAAACAGAAGUCGCCAGUCAAAAGCUCACAAUCAAAUAACAUCAAAGCCAGAGGAAGAGAAACUGUUGGCCCCCAGGACACAUCCAUCGAUGGUUAAGAGGAACAGCAUAAAACAGAAAAUAUUCUAUCUGAAUGAAUCGACCGUAUUUUAUGGACAAAUACCAAAACCUUGUACAUCGCGAUCCACUAACAUUUCCAAACGAAUCACUAUUGCUGGCAGCCAACGCCAUCGCAACGUACAAUUCGUGUGCAUGCAAGCGCACAUUUUCUAACUUCUUCCCACACACACAAAAUCAAUCUAAUAUCACAUAAACAUUCAUUGGCGCACAUCCGAGCGACAUUUUAUUUUCAUCAAAAAUGGCAAAAACACAAGAUGUCAACGCAAUAACAACCACAUUAUCAACACCAACAUCACAAACAGCCAAACAAAUUGACAAUUCACCGGUUCCAACAAUUUUACUAAAUAUAAACGAACAAAAUAAUAACUCAAUCAACACAUUACCAACAUCGAAAAAAGACAUUCUACAAUGUUUGCCAGAAAUGUUCACUGAUAUCGAUUUGGCAAAUCAUAACAACUUAAACGAUUCAUAUAUCAGUGGUGAUUUGUACAAAUCGUAUAUCUUUGAUAAUGAAAACGAAAAGUUUUCCGACUUACCUCCUUCAUCGCACGGUUCAUUAAGUUCAAUCACGACGACGUCCAUUGCAUCAUCUGAGGAUCCGAAGGGUGGCGACCAUGUUGGCGGUGGUUUUGACGAGAAAGGAUUUGAUCGUAAGCCAUCAAAAGUCGUACAUCAGCCAAUUAAGCAAGAAGAAUGGUGGAAAACAACGCUACAGGUUUCAAUACCGUUUUUAAUUGCUGGCCUUGGGACGAUCGGAGCUGGUUUAAUACUGGGUCGAGUUGAGCAUUGGAAGGUGUUUGGAAAAAUUUCGGAGCUGUUUAUACUGGUGCCUGCGUUGUUGGGUUUGAAGGGCAAUCUGGAUAUGUGUCUCGCAUCACGUUUGUCAACGCAAGCCAAUUUGGGUCGGAUGUCUUCAAAAUCGGAUGUCAUUCACAUGGUUGUCGGCAAUAUUGCGUUGGUGCAAGUUCAAGCAACGGUCGCUUCCUUCAUCGUGUCUGUUUUUGCGAUUGGCGUCGGAAAUGCAACCCAUAAAGAGUUUGUUUGGUCGCACGCAAUGUUAUUGAUUUCGUCAAGUAUGUUUACGGCAACUAUAUCUUGUUUUGUAUUAGAUUUUGUUCUGGUGGCAGUGAUAUUGCUAUCGCACCAAUUCCAUAUGAAUCCAGAUAAUCUUGCAACACCUUUGGCCGCGUCGAUCGGUGACGUUGUUUCAUUGACGGUUUUGUCCUUCAUUGCAUCGACACUUUAUGAAAAUUUGGAUACACAUUUGUGGGUGGCAUAUGUUGUGAUUGGCAUUUAUUUGCUCCUAUUGCCUGUGUGGGUUACGGUGGUUCUGUACAACACUCACACCUGCAAGGUUUUGAAAAGUGGUUGGAUUCCCGUUUUGUCGGCUCUAUUUAUUAGCGGCAUGGGUGGUUUAGUACUUGACGCGACGGUGGAUAUUUUUAAAGGUUUUGUGGUCUUUCAACCAAUAAUUAAUGGCAUUGGAGGAAAUUUGGUCUCCGUGCAAGCAAGCAAAAUAUCAACCAUGCUACAUCAAAGCUCAAUUAUUGGCAUUGUACCACCGCAUACAACUAUUUGUGAACCACCACACAGAGCACUGAUCAAUGGCGUUCCAUAUGCGAGAUCGGCAAAAAUUUUGAUCUUAAUGUCAAUUCCGGGUCAAAUAGUAUUCAUUUUUGUGGCUGAUUACAUUCACGUUGGCCACAACACCAUUGGCUACACAUUUGUAUUAUCAUAUUUGUUUGUCAGCUUAUUGCAGAUCUGCACAUUACUAUACAUUGCUCAUGUUAUGAUCCAUGCCAUGUGGAAGUACAAAGUGGAUCCUGAUAAUUCGGCUAUCCCGUUCCUAACGGCACUCGGUGAUUUGUUCGGUUCAUGUUUGUUGGCCAUGGCGUUUGCGUUCAUGAUAUCGAUCGGACAGGCGUACAAUGCAUCUAGUGACCUAUCUGAAACUGUAACCACAGCGCCAGCAUGGGGAGAAUAGAAAGCCAAAUUGUUUUAUGUCAUGAUUUUGUAUUUUAAAAUGCUAUACUGCGUUAAACACUGUUUUGCAGACGUAAAAGAUGAUUUGUUUAAAAUUGGCCCAUUUUUCGAUAUUUAGAUUCAGUUUUGGUUGCGUUUCAAUAUGUCAAAUGUCAAUGGAACCACGCCAAAUUUAGUUCCUGAUUCACAACCAAAAUAAGGUUUGCCAAACAUUUGGUCAUUUGAUAUGGAAAACAACCCACCUAUUUUUCUCAUGAGAAACGUGACCAAUUAAACUGCUGCUGAUUUUUCGUCAUUUCAUCAAUUCAAAGAAACAAAAGACAAAAUAUGGAAUCGUUUCAAGCAUGAAAUCAAUUUGUAUGAGUACAGUUAUGUAGCUUAAUAGUGAUUAUAUAGAAUUUGAAACUCAACGAAAGCGAUUGCAAUCCAAUGAAUAUGAACAAUAUUCAGGUAAAUUAUACUUUUUUAAAAAAAAUGUUUUUAAUAUGGUCCCAGUUCCCAAUAUCAAUUUUAUUUAUAACCAUCAAUUCAACGCGAAAAAAAAACAGACACACAGUGAUUUUGAACAAUUUCCUUUCUAACUUUUGUAUUUUAUAAUAUCUUUUUUAUUGACUUCCAUAUUGUUUGUAUUUUAAACGAAGUUCACCUAUGCAAAUUGUUUGACAUUUCAUUAUUAUUAUUAUUGAAAAGAAUUGUGUAAUUAUUUCUCGAAAGAAUUGUUUUAAAAAAAAAAUUGUAUUUAUUCCACACCAUUUUAUUGUGUAACAUUCAGAAUUUUGCUUCGGAAUUGUGCAAUUACGUGUGAAAUUGAUUUAUUAUCGACAAUAAUAUCUAGCAGAAAACAACAAUAAAUUAAAAUAAAGACAGAAUUGGAACGAUGGCUUCUAAUUUCGGUCUGAAAAAAUGUCUAUGUUUUUCCAAAGAAACAAAAUUAAAUUUUGCAACAUUUAAAAUGACAAA